AUGGUUAGUCUUACGUAUCGUAUCGUCUUGUUCUUGACACUGGUGCUCACCAUUUUUCUUCUAGGCUGGUCUUUUGGCCUGAACGGCAAGCUCGCCAAAGCUCCCAAGUUUGAUGAGCUCAGCGACUUUGAUAAGGAUUCCUACAGUCUCUUCAAGAUCCACACCCAUGUCGACAAGGUUGGCUUCGUCUGGGUCAACUUCGAUUCCUCCGAGACGCCGAUGCCCUGGGAGACAAUGAAAUGGGGCACUGAUGAGCAGCCCCGCCUCGGCGACUUUUCCCUGGACAAUUGUGUGUACCACCGGACGUGGAAUACGAAUGGCAAAUACAAUUGGAAGUUGGUCGGCGAGAAUUACAACGAGGUAAGUCGCAGCGACGCAAGUGAACGGGUUUUCCGCCGACUGUCUCAAAGUGCUACCGUUGCAAGGCAGAUCACCAACCUCGACAGGUAUUCCGUCACGCCCUACCGAGGCCGCUUUGAGCACUUCCCACCCAAUAGGGACGACGUCAAGGAGGAAGACAUCCAGUUCUUUGGCAAUGGGGCCUUCACCUACAACUUCCCCAACACAUCUGUUAAUCUCUCUACCCCGUACUUCUUCAUCAUGCGUGUUAUCCCGACCGGUCCAACCACAGUCAUUACGGGGUACCAGACAUUUCGCAACCCUGACUCAUCCAUGGGUGUCUUUCAAAGGGCUGCCGAUUUCUUUGAGGGCAUCGAGCUGGAGGACUACGACCUGUGCAAUGGCGUCCAGAUGAACUUGAACUCAGGUGUCUACAUGCAUGGACCGCUGCACUCUCAGCGCGAGAGCGGUGUUCUGUAUUUCAAGAAAUUGGUAAGGGAGGAACUGAAGAAGCACCUAGACCUCGAGCAAGAAACAGGUCAUGAGAUCUGGCCUGCAAAACGCAGCCAGCAGCUGCACCAUGUAGUUGCUGAGGACGAGAAAAUGUGCAGCGUUGUCUGUAGUCGUGGCAAGACUGGAGAUAUUGAAGAUUUCUAG